AUGUCUGACGACGAGACCCUGUCGGAGGCUGAGACUGAUGAGCUGUUCGCGACACUGGAUGAUGACGAGGAACGUUGGCGAGAUCGGCAGCUCUUCUUCGAACGUCAUAUCGUCCAGGCUGGGUUCCUUCCUGGAGAAAAAAUGGACAACGUCCUACCUUCGCUGAAGAUGGUGCGGUUCUGCCGGAUAUCAGACGAGAAGCUUGUUUAUUUGAAAAGAGUGAGGACUGGUGACGAGGAGUCCCGUAUUGCUUGCAUGUUAUCGGCUCCACUACUGCUUGACGAUCCACGGAAUCAUUGUGUUCCCAUCCUCGACAUCUUCCAGGACGAUGAAGACGAAAGCAUUUCGUACAUGGUGAUGCCUUUCCUCCGGCUAAUUGACUCUCCUCCCUUCGAUACCCCUCAAGAUGUCGUUGAGUUCGUUGACCAGAUAUUGGAGGGUCUCGUUUUCAUACAUGAGCAAGGAGUGGCACAUCGCGAUUGCACAUACAAGAACAUCAUGAUGGAUGCAUCUGCCAUGUAUCCUAAAGGGUUCCAUCCUAUAUGGUCGUCCUUUCUUCACGACAUCAAGACAGAAGCUCCAUGUCUUGCGCGCGGUGAUGUUUCGGUGAAGUACUAUUACGUCGACUUUGGCAUAUCCAGCCAUAUCCCCCCGGAUGCCGAGAACAGACUAGUCGUCGGAGUCGCCGGUAGAGACCAGGAGGUCCCCGAGCUCUCGCGGCGCAAGAGACCAUAUGAUCCAUUCAAGGUCGACAUCUUCAUCAUCGGCAACCUCUUCCGUCGCUACUUCCAUGACAAAUUCUCCAACGUGGAGUUCCUCGAGCCUCUUAUAGUGUCGAUGACGAGGCGUGAUCCUGCGUCAAGGCCCAGCGCGAGUGAGGCUCUUGCUCAGUGGAAGAGCAUAAGACCGGUGUUCAGCGGGUUUCCGGCGAGAUGGAGGUUGAUACCGCGGGGUGCCGUAUGGCCAGAGCGCCUCUGCCUGAGUGUCGUCGGAUUUGUUGGCACGAUCAUCCGUAUUCCGCCUUGGCUCACAGCAUUUGGAACCAAUCUACAAGAUCUUGCCCUUGCAACUGCUUGCUUAAACACCAAGUUGGCCUCUCGUAUGAAGGGCGACAACACUGUAGCGAAGGCUAGCAGCUCGAACCCCAAAACCACGAGCCGCCCGCAGCAACGCGCCGCUGGUGCCGUCCUUAGACACGUUGGGCACAAACAGAGCGCCAUCCGUCCGCUGGUCAAGGCCGCCGCGCUGCGCCAGAUCAACGCCAUCUUCGCGACUACGGGCUGGGGUACUGCCUUCGGGCACUCCUUUCGCAUCGGCGGCGCCUCCUUCUACUUGUCCCAGAAGGUCUACACGGAAGCGGUACAACUUGCGGGGCGGUGGCGUUCCCUUGCAUACGAGGUCCUACGGGUACUGACUGGUCGCAGCGGCUUUGGUUGGGUUGUGCGGCGCAGCCUCGCCGCAGUUUCCACCUCCACUUGCUUCCCGGACGAGGCUGGAAUGGUAGUAAGAGAAUAUGUCACAUGUGCAUGCGAUGUUUUUGCGAUUAUGUCCUCGGGUACCUCUGAGAUAGUUCAGCGCGCUUUUACCAUAGGAUCAGGCAUACUGGCAGCGUUCGUCACUGGCGUACAAUUAAUGAACAGCAACUCCUUGACGACUCAGCUUGCGGAGACGAGGGAGCUUGUACGCACGAUUGAGGAAUUUCUUUCGCAAAUUACACCGCACGAGAGGGAGAAGAUUGAACGCGGACAACGGAAAUACUUCAAGAGGACGAAUAAGAAACUCAGAACGCUGAAAAAGCAGCUGGCCGACAUUGAGCUGGAGUUCAAGAAAUCCGAUGCCUACACUCGAUUCGGACAUCAAUAUAAACCGACAAUUGCCAAGUGGAAUCCGCUAAAGAAAUCAUUGGCAGGCAUCGUAGACGGUCUCGAGAACGUUCACACAGACCUACUUCAAACUACUAGUGCUAUCCAUGACAGGUCCUCUGGGACGGAUAGCGACUCAGAGGACGAGAUUGAAGCCACCGUGUUAAUGAGUGCAAUUGAGGUUCAUUCCACGGAUCAGGCCCUGGAGAUGCUUCCGAUACGCUCAAAUGAUACGCCGUCGGCCUCCGCGUAA